UCCUCUUGUAAUAUUUCAGAAUGGCACCUAGAGCCUACCCUUGUGUAGUUUGCUCAAAAAGAACCAAACCAGUGGAACGACGGCCAAUCAGUGGAAAUAAAUCGCUGAGAAAGUAUUUAUUGAAAACAUAUCUCAUCCGUGCCCAAGAAGGUGAUGUGAUUUGUGGUAGGUGCCGUCAGCAACAUCGCAGACAUCAACUCUCCAAUAUUCCUUCAUCGACCAGGUCUAAUCAAUCAUCUGAUCAUGACAUUUCAGCGAAGAAAAGCAGAUUGUCAUCUCCACGAAAUAUAACUCUGCCAAUACCUUCGACAGGUGGAAGCCACACUAAGUGCGUUGUUUGUCAAAGUUUUCCAUCCCAUUUGAUAGUUGUUCCACGUGACACAAAGUACAGUUUGUUUUUACUUAAAGGUAUUUUGUUACCAGUUGGCACAAGGUGUUGUCCUGUACAUAUAAAACAUGGACUAUUUAGCUCUGAAGCACUAGAAUGCAUUGUUGCAUCUCGCGAUUCGACCUCAGUGAACCGGACAGAUAUUGCACAGUUGAUCACCAGUAUUAGAGAUGCUGCCAAUAAAAGUCAAGAUCAACGCAUCAAUUUUGACUCUCCUGAUGCACUCAGUAAUGAUGACUAUGUUUCGCUCACAGGGUUAGGCAGGGAACAGUUUUGUGAUUUGUGCUCUCACUUGAAAAGUACAUUGCGUAAUACUAAAAACAGAAGUUUGAAAGCUUGUGUUGGUAUAUUUUUAACCAAGUUGAAGGGUGGCAUGUCAAACAGGAUGUUGUCAACUGUUUUUAAUAUAGGCAAGGAUUCCAUCAGGCGUGCUAUGACAUCAGCAAGAAACGCCCUGGUACAGGAUUUUGUACCAUCAUAUUUAGGAUUCAAACAUAUCAGCCGUGAUGAUGUGAUUACAAAACACACAAGACCAUUGGCACAGACCUUAUUUGGAGGACUUAUGAAACCAGCUAUUCUUGUAAUUGAUGGAACGUAUAUAUACAUCCAAAAGAGUGGCCAAUACUUGUUCCAACGUAGGAGCUAUAGUAUGCAUAAACACAAACCACUUGUGAAGCCAAUGAUGUUUGUAACAACUACUGGGUACAUUGUCAGUGUCAUCGGUCCCUACUUUGCUGACAGCAAAAACAAUGAUGCAGGCAUCCUCAAUCAUAUCCUUAGAAGAAAUGUUGAGGAAAUCACUGAUUGGCUGACAGAAAAUGACGUGGUAAUAGUUGAUAGGGGGUUCCGGGAUUCUGUUGAGCUGCUGGAAGAGUUCGGGAUCCAUACAGAGAUGCCAACAUUUUCAAAGAAAAGACAACACACGACAAUGGAAAGCAACGCAUCCCGUCUUGUCACAAAAAUUAGAUGGGUUGUGGAAUCUGUUAAUGGUCGCAUGAAGACGUGGAAGUAUUUGGAUCGAAUACUACCCAACUCACAGAUCCCCUACAUUGGCGAUAUGGUGAGGAUAGUGUGUGCCAUUUGCAACAAGUACCGAUCAGAUCUUAGCACAGGCGAUGCACAAAGUGAUCAGCUGUUGGGAGCAAAGAUGUUGUUUCUGUCAAAACAGGUAAAUAUUCUCCAGAAUAGGAUUGAAGAAGGUGGGUUCGCAUCUAAAAGAAGUAUAUGGGCCAAAAUUGAUGAAAGUGCUUCCCUCAACUUCCCAGUGUUAACAGAAGAGGACUUGCGCAAUCUUACGCUUGGUGUGUACCAAAUUAAGCUGGCUAGAGGAUACACAAAGGAGCAUCUGAAUGACACAGGCGGGUAUGAAGUUUUUGUAUGUAAAGUGGAGAGUAACAUUAUAAGUGCAAAAAUACAGAGUAGACAUGUAAGUUCGAAAGUCCACCAACUCUGGAUUAUGUUUGAUGAAUGUACAGUUCAAGGAUGGUACUGCAAAUGCCGCACCGGUGCUAGAACAGUAGGUUCUUGUGCACAUGUUGCAUCGGUGAUCUGGUACUUGGGAUUUGCGAGGCAUUCAGACAUUGAAUUUCACUUAGGAAAAGAUUGGUCCCAAUACCUACUGGAUGCAGCUAGUCCAGAACCAAUCAGUGUCGAUGGGAGUGACGAGGAAACUUCUGAAGAGUGA